AUGUGUGGACAAAGAGUUCAAAUUUUUGGUUUUGUACAUCGCUGUCGACAACAAAGAAAGGACUUGAUAGUUGUUCUUCGAGAUGGGACUGGCUUUUUGCAAUGUGUUCUGAGUGGAGUACUUUGCCAAACUUCUGAAGCUUUAACAUUGACUACGGAAAGCUCUGUUUGCAUAUACGGAACGGUGAACAAACCCCCUAAAAGAAAGACGGCCCCAGGUGGUGUAGAACUCGUUGCUGAUUUUUGGACUUUAAUUCAUGGAGCACCGCCCGGUGGGAUUGACAAUGUGUUAAAUGCUGAGGCAAAUUCUGAUGUUAAUCUGGACAAUCGUCAUUUGUGUAUUAGAGGAGAAAAUUGUUCUGAAAUUCUUCGAAUCCGAGCGGCCGUAACGCGUGCAAUAAGGGAACAUUUUUAUUCUCGCAAAUAUGUCGAAGUAUGCCCUCCAACACUUGUUCAAACGCAGGUUGAAGGAAGCUCUACAUUUUUUUCCAUUGACUUUUUUGGUGAACAGGCUUAUUUAACUCAAUCGUCGCAGCUUUAUUUGGAAACAUGCAUUUCUUCUCUGGGAGAUUGUUAUUGUAUAGCGCAGUCUUAUAGAGCGGAGAAAUCUCGAACGAGUCGACAUUUGGCUGAAAACUCUCAUGUUGAGGCAGAAUGUCCAUUUAUUACUUUUGAAGAAUUGAUGAAUAAAAUUGAGGAUCUUGUUUCUGAUGUAGUUGAGAGGGUUUUGAGUGAUCCUGAAGUUUCUAAAUUAAUAUUACAACGAUGGAAAACGUCAAAGAAAAAAUUUCCUUCAUUUAAACGUCCUUUUCUUCGAAUGACUUAUGCUGAUGCAAUUGAAUGGCUGCGCAAAAAUAAUGUGAAUAACAAAGAAGGGAAGCCUUUUAAUUUUGGAGAAUUCAUUCCACAGGGUUCUGGACGACAAAUGCUUGAUACAAUUGGACAGCCAAUCUUGUUGAAUCGUUUCCCAGCUGGCACCAAAGCUUCUCGUUGUGAAGAUGAAGACAUGAACACUUCUCGUUGUGAAGAUGAAGAAGGAAAGAAGAAGAAUUUGACAGAAUCUGUAAAUUUCUUACUGCCUGGAAUUGGAAAAGUUGUUGGUGGUUCAAUGAGGAUUUGGAAGGAAAAGGAAAUUUUGGAAGCUUUUAAAAUAACCAAUGUGGACCCUAAACAUUAUUAUUGGUAUGUAGACCAAAGGAAGUAUGGUGGAUGCCCACAUGGAGGUUUUGGACUUGAAUUGGAACGGUUUGUUUGUUGGUUAGCUAAUCAAGACCAUAUAAGGGAUGUUUGUUUAUAUCCUCGAUUUAUUGGACGAUGUGCCCCAUAA